AUGCCGACUUUAGGAGGUCUCCUGAAGAAACGGCGGACGAAGGAUUCGCAUAGCCUCUCUAAAGAACUGGAAUCAAGUUCGUCACCCACAGCGGCCCAGACACAGACGUCACCCAACUCUGCCGACCACGACCACCACCACAACCAGCACAACGAUCAAACCCACCAUCAUCAACAUCCGGCCACCAGUAACACCAGCAAUAAUUCCGCAACUCCCUCUGCUGCUCAGCCUCAUCGCUCAUCCAACGACAAUCCCAAUCGCUCUUCAGGUGCAGAUCAAAAUUCCGAAGGUCAAACUGCCUCCAUGCAAUCCGCCGUGACGCAACCCCAUCCCUCCACCCACCACAACCCGGGCCUCCACCACCUACAACACCAGCAACAACAGCCACAACAACAUCACUCCCAUACCUCCAAGUUACACAAUAUCCUUCACCCCUCUCAUCAUGGGUCUUCACAGCCUUCUGCCGAAGGUCAUGUGGGCUCCCAGCAGGCAAAUCGGGCUGAUGCCCGCACUACAAAAGGGAAAUAUUCCCUAGACGACUUCACUAUGCAACGUACAUUAGGUACCGGUAGUUUCGGUCGUGUCCAUUUGGUGCAGUCGAAGCACAAUCAUCGCUUCUAUGCGAUCAAGGUCCUGAAGAAGGCGCAGGUGGUCAAGAUGAAACAGGUCGAGCAUACAAAUGACGAGCGACGAAUGCUCAAUCGUGUCAGGCAUCCAUUCCUGAUCACAUUGUGGGGUACGUGGCAAGACGCAAGGAAUCUGUACAUGGUGAUGGACUUUGUGGAGGGUGGAGAGCUCUUCAGUUUACUUCGCAAAUCUCAGCGGUUCCCGAACCCUGUCGCCAAGUUCUAUGCGGCAGAGGUUACUCUGGCACUGGAGUAUCUACACUCUCAGCAGAUUAUUUACCGAGAUCUGAAGCCAGAGAAUCUGCUACUGGACCGGCACGGUCACCUGAAGAUCACCGAUUUUGGGUUCGCGAAGGAGGUGCCUGACAUCACCUGGACUCUUUGCGGAACGCCCGAUUAUCUUGCUCCAGAAGUUGUGUCGUCCAAGGGAUAUAACAAAUCGGUUGAUUGGUGGUCACUCGGAAUUCUUAUCUUCGAAAUGUUGUGCGGCUUCACACCCUUCUGGGAUAGCGGCUCGCCCGUCAAGAUCUACGAGAACAUCCUCCGGGGCCGUGUCAAGUACCCGCCCUACCUUCACCCGGACGCCGUCGACUUGCUCUCGCAGCUCAUCACAGCGGACUUGACCAAGCGACUGGGCAACCUUCAUGGAGGUUCCGAAGAUGUGAAGAACCACCCUUGGUUCGCGGAAGUCACCUGGGAUCGUCUUGCAAGGAAGGACAUUGAUGCUCCUUAUGUUCCCCCUAUCCGCGGAGGUCAGGGUGAUGCCAGCCAAUACGAUCGGUAUCCUGAGGAGACUGAACAAUAUGGCCAGCAGGGCGAAGAUGUGCAUGGCCAUCUUUUCCCCGACUUCUAG